AUGGAGGAGCAGUUGGGGCUGCUAAAAGUUGUUGUGCAAGGGAAAAGACUGGUCAUCCAGGAUUUCAAGAGUAGUGAUCCUUACGUUGUAGUCAAAUUAGGCAAUCAGACAGCAAAAACAAAGGUCAUAAAUAGUUGCCUUAAUCCAGUCUGGAAUGAAGAACUGACUUUCUCCCUCAAAGAACCUAAUGGAGUUUUGAAUUUGGAAGUGUUUGAUAAAGACCUCUUGAAGACAGAUGAAAAAAUGGGACAUGCACAACUCAGCCUUCAACCACUUGUCUCUGCUGCUAGACUCAGGCAGAUUCUGCAGAACUUCAAUGGCGAGACGGUGUUAAGGAUGGUUGUCCCAGAUAGUGACAACUGUUUGGUCAGAGAAAGCUCCAUCACUUGUGUCAAUGUUUGAUGUUGCAAAAUUAAGAAAGCUAAGACCAAGUUUCAAGCAGAACGAGGGCUCUGUUACUGCUGGCAAUGCUUCAAUCAUAAGCUUCCCACCUCUCUCUUUCCCCCCGCCGCCAAUGCUGAAAAAAAA